GAAAGAGCCGAAGAUGUCGGCUCGGUCAUGUGAUCAGCUGUGUCCAAUCACAGCUGAUCGCAUCUGUCAUGCUGAUAGCUCGAGAGGAGAACCGGUAAUCAGCAUCCCCCAGAGGGGACAUGUACACUGAUCAUCAGGGCACUGUUGAUCAGUGUGCCCUGAUGAUCUGUGUAGCCCCAGCAGUGCCACCUGUCAGUGUCCAUCAGUGCCAGCUGUCAGUGCUCAUCCAUGCCACCUGCCAGUGCCCAUCAGUGCCACAUCAAUGCCACAUUUCAGUGCCUACCAGUGCACAUCAAUGCCACAUAUCAGUGCCCAUCUGAGCUGCCUUUCAGUGUCACCCUUCAGUGCCAGCCAGUGCCACCUAUCAAUGCCAUCCAAAGCUGCCAAUCAGUGCCAAUUAUCAGUUCCAGUCAGUGCCGCCUAUCAGUGCCAGUCAGUGCCGCCUAUCAGUGUGCAUCAGUGCCGCCUAUCAGUUCCCUUCAGUGAUGCCUAUCAGUGCCGCAUAACAGUG